AAGACCCAUUUCUUCCCCAGUUCCUCUGAGAGAGAGAGCUGAGACGUGAGGCGUUGAUCGGGAAGUUCAGAGGCGGUGGACACGCCUCUCACCUCCUAUCACGGCGGAUUUCCGAGCUGCUGGUCCCGCCAUAUCCGGUUGUUAGCGGGUGCUGCUGAGACCACGAUUGGGCUUCCCUUAAACAGCAUCAUCUUCACCAAAUUAGGGACAACAAACUAGGCCAGGCAAAGGGGUCAUUGACUAAACCAUUGCAUCAACGAGGGCUUUUCCAGGGUUUGGGCAUGAGGGAGUUGAGCGCGGACCUCUUCGAUCCUAGGACAAUCAUGGACUCGGACUUCUCGACGGUUGAGCUUGCAUGUGGGUCUAGGUCAGAUUCAGACUUCGCAUUCGCCUUCAAUAGCAGCAAUUUCUCUGAUCGGGUCCUGAGGAUCGAGAAAAUCCACGAUUUGUCUGAGACCAAAUCAGAUGGCGAGGGUUGCACCAGCAUUGCUGUUUGGGCCCGCAAUAGGAAGAGACGGAGGGAGGAGAUUAAGAAAGAUACUGCAGUGGAUUUCCUCGUCAACUUUGGGGAGCAGAUUUUAAACUGUAACCUGCCAGAUACGGAGGAUGGUGUCAGCUAUGGAAAUGAAGAUGAGGAAGAUGUGGCAAUGAUUGAGGAAUUACCUUCAGAAACUUCUGUAGGUGAUGAAGCUGCACCUGACAAUGAUUCAUUGUGGAAGACGGACUGCUCAACAGUUAUUAGUGUCAAAACCUUACACAUAAGCUCUCCAAUUUUAGCAGCAAAGAGUCCAUUCUUUUAUAAGUUGUUUUCAAAUGGCAUGAGAGAGUCAGAGCAGCAACAUGUAACUCUACGAAUCCAUUCAUCUGAAGAAGCGGCCCUUAUGGACCUUCUUAAUUUUAUGUACAGCAAUACUUUGCCAACAAGGACACCUCCUGCUCUGUUGGAUGUGCUUAUGGCUGCUGACAAAUUUGAGGUUGCCUCGUGCAUGAGAUAUUGUAGUAGAUCAUUGCAGAACUUGCCAAUGACUUGCGAGUCGGCAUUGCUCUAUUUAGAUCUUCCUUCUACUGUUUUAAUGGCUGAUGCAGUUCAGCCAUUGACAGAUGCAGCAAAACUGUUUCUUGCCGCACGCUUCAAAGACAUGACUAAGAUUCAGGAUGAGCUGCUGAACUUGCCCCUGGCUGGUAUAGAGGCAGUGUUGUCCAGUGAUGAUCUCCAGGUGGGUUCAGAGGAUUCUAUUUACGACUUUGUGGUGAAGUGGGCUCGGAUCCAUUACCCAAAACUCGAGGACCGAAAAGAGAUCUUUGGCUCACGCCUCUGUCACCUCAUCCGAUUUCCAUACAUGACCUGCCGAAAGCUAAAGAAGGUUUUAAUCUGCAAUGAUUUUGAUACUGAGCUGGCCUCAAAGGUUGUGCUCGGGGCUCUCUUGUUCAAGGCUGAGGCACCAUACCGGCAGCGCUCCCUUGCUGCAGAGGACUCCAGUGCCACCUGUCACCGAUUUGUGGAACGAGUAUACAAAUCUCGCCCAGUCAAAGUGUUGGAAUUCGAACUACCCUGUCAACAGUGUAUUGUGUACCUGGACCUGAAGCGGGAGGAGUGUGCACGUCAGUUUCCGGCUGGUCGACUUUGCUCGCAUGUUUUUUACCUGCGCGGGCAGGGGUUUAUCUUGUCAGCCCACUGCAACAUGGACCAACAAAGCUCAUUCCACUGCUUUGGGCUAUUUUUGGGGAUGCAAGGGAAGAGAUCAGUCAGUUUUGCCGUUGACUAUGAGUUUUCAGCAAGGUCUAAGCCCACUGAGGAGUUUGUGAGCAAGUACAAAGGAAAUUAUACCUUCACAGGAGGGAAGGCUGUUGGGUAUCGAAAUCUGUUCGGAAUGACCUGGACAGAAUUCAUGGCUGAUGACAGCCUUUAUUUCAUCAAUGGGGUUGUCCAUCUAAGGGCUGAGCUCACGAUCAGGAAAUGAGCUCAUUUGGUGAAGCUUUUGAUGGGUUCAGUUAGCCUAACACCUCUCUCUCUCUCUCUGUGAUUAACAUAUAUAUAUAGUCAGCCCUUGUUUUAUUUUUAUGUAUAGAGGCUGUGUAAUAUAUAGUUACGUUACUGAUCCACAACAAUUGCCCUUUUGAGGUAGAAGUAAAAAUGGGUUCUCCUUCGACUCUAAUCUCGUAAAAGAGUAGAAAUGUUUGUUCUCAA